UUCCACGAGUUGUUAUCGACGGGGUCACGUGACGGUUUGCUUCGUCCGGACCGGACGUGACGUGUGUUGUGUGCUUGUUGCCAUGGAGACAGAGGACCUCUUUAUUUACAGUCGGACUCGUCACGUGCUUCAGGUGUUUUCUCACUUUUUACAGUUUCUCUAUUUUGAACGUGUCUUUUUUAACCUGGUGACAUCAUCCCGGAGGACUUUAUUGCAGUGAGACAUUGAACAUAAUGCCGAGGAAAGUAAAGAGAGGAGGAGGAGGAGGAGGAGGAGGUAAAGGAGGAAGGACGGAGGAGGAGAAGCUUGUGUAUCAGCAGCAGAGAGCUCAGGCUGAGGAGGAGACCACCAAGAAGAAAGAGGAGAUCCUCGCUCUGUUCCUCAAGGACAAGUUGCAGAAGGAGGAAAACAACACGUCAGUGAACCUCCUGAAGCUCGGCGACGGCUGGAGGUCGAUUCUCCGACAGACUCGAGCCUCCGAGCUUCGUACGGACAUCGACGUCCUCAGUCAGACGUUUGACAGGCAGCUGGACGCCGUGGAUGAUGUCAUCAAGCGGCUGGAGCGAGACCUGCAGGAGGCGGAGCAUCAGGCGGCUCAGGUGCAGCAGCUCCACCUGCAGCACGUCGAGCGACUGCGGGCGCAGCAGGAGAAACAGCUGAUGGUUCUGCAGCGGCAGUGGGAGGAAGGACUGCAGCACCUGAGCUGCACGUUCAACUCCGACAGGAGUCAGAUGCAGCAGCACUCUCGGCAGCAGCGAGCUGAUCUGGAAGAUGCAAAGUUCACUGUGGAGCAGCAACAUGAAGCAGUGAUGAAUGACAUCCUCAGACUGUACAGUGAAAGCAUCGCAGCGUACGAGAGCGCUCACGAGGAGCGGAGGGCGGCUCUGCUCCUGGAGGGUUCGAUGCUGCUGAAGGAGAAGACUCGACAGAAGCAGGAGACUCUGCAGCUCCACCACAAAGAAGCAACAGAACUGGACGAGCUGCUCCUGAAGAACCAGCAGUUGAUUCAGACGAGUGACAGAAGCAUGAGGCGGCUCAGGAAGCUGCAGGACUCCAUGUUCCAGCUGAGGAUGAAGCUGAAGUCCAGUCAGACAGAGAAGGAGUUGGUGGAACGAGAUCUGACGGCCGCCACGUACCAGGUGAACCAAAGGACUCGCAAGCUUCGUGAUCAGCUGACCCGGGGUCAGUCAGCGGCGAGGAAACAUCUCGCUGACCUCAGCGUGCAGAGCAACGCCGCCGCCAAGAAACUGCAGGAGGUCAUCGCCAAGGGGGACAGAGUUUUACGUGUCGCUGAAAUGUGCCGGAAGCUGGAGAAGGAGUUCCUGUCUUCAGAUGAAGACCGUCCCACAUCUGAGGAGGAAGCAGCUGAGGACACGUGUGAGUUUGCAGACUUGUGGCGUUUGACGCGGCUCAUCAGCGCUGCUCUGCUGCACCGAGAGGUUCUGAAGAAACGGCGAGACGACCUGAGCCGGGAGAACCGGCAGCUGAAGGUUCUGCUGCGUCAGCACCUGGAGGCCGUGACGCUCGGCGACCACAGCCUCGGCGAACGCCACGCUCUGCUCACUGUGACCCAGGCCCCGACCACGACGGGCCCAUCAGACGCCAACAGACGCCACACCGUCAUCGAGGCCGCUCACGCCGUCAGACAGACGCUGGGACCGUCAUUCCAGAUGAGAGAUGGUUAAAAACAUGACGUGUUUGAACAGCUGGUCAAUAAAACAUGAUUCUACUGUGAAAUAAAUAAAAACGGUUUCACUUCACUGAACGUGACUCAAGGCUGCGUUUGAAACUAAGUGGACGGCCCAACUCAA